UGUGUAUCAUAUUUGCUGAAUGACUACAUCGCACCUACAUGCACAUUUAGACAGCUCAUUUUUACAUCACCAGGAGUUCCAGGGGAAUUUGAGACAGCAAUUUUUACACUUUUUAAUCUAAAAUGUUAGUAAAAAUACUAACAUGUUUCUGCUUGCUAUGCAACAUUUCGGUACAGAAAGGGGUCUCUCAGGGAAACACAAAUGUGCAAUGUAGAUUUUCAUGGGUUCCAUUUUCCAUUGGAAAUAAUAUCCCGUCCUCAGCUAUCCAAAUUGAUGACAAGGAGGAAUUUUUCCCUUCUUACCCCAUUCGAGCUUGGUUUGAAGGAAGCACCUACGCCGGGACCUACGACAUGUCUAUUGAUUUCCCACUGCUGCCUAUUCAGAUACAAUACGACAACAAUACUGAACCUUUUUCUUUAGAAAUCCUAACAAAUCCUCACGGCUGUAAUUUUACAUGGAGUGGAACCCGUUCCGGUAUAUAUAUCUCGAAAAAUGCUCAAUGGGUCGAAACAAAUAAAUCCACAGAAACUUAUGUUAGCAGAGCAAAAAUUGAUGAUGUAUACAUAAGUGGUCAAACACAAUUAGAUAGAAAUUCACAAUAUUACUUGUCAGUUGGGGUUCUUAACGAGGAUGCCAAUGGUACAGACGUAACCACAAUCAAUGAAGGAUUCCAAUUCUUGUGCGGCUAUUCAGAUGGAUUGGAAUUACAUUUGAUCCAGAUUGAAUUUGAACAAAGACCUUUCGGUGGACAGCCGGACUUUGUUGGCAUUGACGAAAUCCACAAUCUGGCUAAUACCUUGGUCACGCAAAAGGUUUCCCAUAGGAAAAGUAUCCGACAGGAGACAACCAUCACUAUUACUGAAACAUGGACCACAACAACGACAAAAACAGUGACGAUCAACUUGAUAUUUUAUAAGAAAAAGAAAACCGAGACGCACACAACUACCCACUCUGUGUCAAAUUCAUACACAACAAUUGAAGAGACGGAUAUUGAGAUAAUGCGGGAAAUUCAAAUUGCCCCAAAGACUAGCGUACAAGCCUGUUCCACAGUCACAAUCAUGGAAGGUUCCCAGGUCAGAUAUACUGCUCUAGCAAUGUACAAGGCGAGGGGAAUUGGCCCCGAAGAACUGCUCGCAAUGAUAUCGACAGAAUUAAAAGAUGUAGAUCCAUGGAUUGAGGGGAAUGAUAUCUAUUUUGAAAUGACAGAUACAAUUUCCUACAGUCUUGCCAUGGCCACAAGUUUUAUUGUGGUCCCAUACGAGGCAAUUAAUGGAUGCAGCUCCUUACAACAAAGUAUUUCUACCAAGAGAAAAUCUAGAAGAAACGCGUCCUUGAAUGAUACGAGCUCAAAUAAAUUUAUUAAAGAAGAACUCUAAAAAAGUUCCUACAAUAA